AUGCAGUCGCCCGGCUCUCCGUCCGGCAGUGUGCGCCGUCAUGCCAGGAACAUAUCACAUCCCAUACCUCAGCGAGCUGCUCGAGGACCCCUGGAGACUGCAACACACGACCCUCUCGCUGACGCGCCCACCACCACCACCACCACCACCACCUCCUCCUCCUCCUCCUCCACCAUUCCCGAUGUCUCGUCCUCCAUUGUUCAUCCUCAGGACAGUACACCUCCCCCCUCCCAAAAACAUGCGCUGGAGCCGGAGCCGGAGCCGGAGCCGCAGCUGGAGCUGGAGCCUGCUGUUGCUACCCAACCAAGGGCCAAUGUAGAUCUACGAUUUUUGCAGGACAGAAAGAUCUACCACUCCGUCACUGCCGAAGACAUCCCAAGUCCCUUCCUGAACUCCACCCACCGCCCCCCUGUGGAAGCCUCAUUGACAGACCUCUUGAGCGGAGGCCAUUUCCGACGUGCUGCUGAGGCCGCUCUCCGGGCAAUCCUGCAGAGUCCGCCCACAGCGGCGGAGCGAAUCUUUCCGCUUCUGUACAUACGUCUAGCAUGUUUAGUCCUCAUUCAGCGUUCGGACAUCGCUGCAGCUGAAGCCCUUUCGCUGGUCGAACUGUCAUCGCGCAACAUCCCGGGCGCACAGGAUAUCAUAGAUCUCGUUCCAUGGGAGCUCCGUCUGUUGCUAGUAAGACUACAGUCCAUUCGGGCUGCUGAUGGUGGCCGUCGAGGCAUUAUGGCGCUGUAUGCGCUGGCUGGCGAAGUGAAAAGCAACUUGAGGCUUGCGCGGAAGGAUCAUGAUGACUUUCAGAUCGAUCUGUGGAACAACAGAUUGAGCGAAGUAGGCCUGCGAGUCUGCGAUGCUCUUGCUGAGAUGGGAGAGCUUGAGACUGCGGCCCGCCAUCUGGAGACCUUGACGGAAGCCAACACUGACGAGGUAGCAUACAGGAAAGUCUUACUGCAGAUCAGGCUUGGCGAUGUCUCGGGUGCUUCUAGGUAUGCGCAGACGUUGCAAGAUCACGCGAAGAGGGAGGGGCUCGAGGCGUUGCUCCAAGUCGCUGACGGCAAUCAUGAAGAUGCCGUUGCCAAAUGGCGGGCCCUUAUGGAUCAAUACCCCGAUCACGACCAUUUCGCACUCAAUGCCGCAGUCUCGUUACUUUACACGGGACAUAUCGCGGCGGCUCGCGAUCUGCUCGAAGACCUGGCGAGGACUAGGCUCAUUUCUCCCACACUAUUGUUCAACCUGAGUACCGUCUAUGAGUUAUGUACGGAACGCGCGCCCGAGAAGAAGACGGCACUGAUCCAGCAAGUUGCGGCGAGACGGCCUAGCCCUGCCCAUGGUGGCUGGGAGCAUGCUGCGUUUGACUUCAAGUUGUAGUCGGUGCGUGUACGGUGUUGGUACUUGGGACGCCUGCCAGGAACAGCAAUCGACGCUCGUGGACGUUGGACGUUGGUCGUUGCCGUUGCACGCUGUGUCUCUGCUCCUCGUGGCAAAGACCCGUAUGGAUUUCGAGAGAGCUAGGACAUAGUGCUGAACUGCUGAUGUCUAUUAGUGCGAUACCAGCUCAAUAUUGUGGGAUCCGCUUCAAUCAAUGAGCAGAUUAUUGAGUAUGCUCGGCGCUGCGUAGACAUUCAUUCGUUUAUGAGAGAGGCAAGCCCGAUCCUUGACCCUCGACAAUCGCCUGGGAAGGUGGGAUAGAUCCAGUCCAUCUUCCCAUGCAUCCGCGUUGUGCAUCCGUUUGCGCAACAUGUGUUGAGAGAUCCACAAUGUACCGAUCGCAGGCAUUUUGUGAACGGGAUAAUGAAUGGCCCAUGGGCCAUGGGUGAGUGAGACUGCAAGGCUGCAAGGCCACCUGAUGGAUCAUGUCAUUGGAUGGCUCGUGCUGCUCAUGCUGCCCCGUGGACAGCGGCACUGUGACGGCACACACUGUAUUCCAGGUUGAAUUUCCAACAUGCCCAUUGCCGGUGGACUGAAACACCAUCGAGCUCUUCCUCCACAAGCCUACUUUAUACCAGCGGUCGGGCAGCCGUGUCUGUGCGAGAAACCGCUGUAUUGGAUUGACCUCGCCAAGGGAUGUAUACUGUACAGCACUGCCGAUGGCCAUCAUUCACUGAGCACUCCCUCCUUGUUGGAGCACUCGUACCGCAUGGGCAACAUGGACAGCAUGGGACGCACUCCCUUGCCUCCCCUCCAGCUCUAUUUA